GGUGUGACAUUCUUAUAAUAAACCAUAAUAAUACAGUAAUUCUUCCUAACAUAAUUGUCAGACGGUCCCUAACUGUGUCAGGAUGAGUAGUUGAUGCUGGAUCCUCAGAUCAGUCCUCCUGCAGCCUCUCAGUCAGUCCGUCGCUGCAGUCCUUCAGAGCGGACUCUCUCAUCAACAUCCUCUCAUCGUCCGCGGAGCUGCUGCUUCAUACCGCUCCUCUGUGGCUCUGAAGAAGCUGCUUCAACCGGGGAUAACGGUCCAACCGGAGCCAGGAGACUAUGAGGACACCUGCUGCGGCUACGGAGACAACCUCUCACACCGGGAAUCCCGACGACUGGCCUCGGUAUUCACCGAGCAAAUGAGAAAAGAAUCGUCAUGACCGUUUUCCUGCUGGCCAGUCACUCCUUCACUGAGGGACCUCGGCCCUUUUUGGUUUCUGGACUUAUCAAAGCAGGGAUGAGAUAAUAAAGUCGACCAGCUCGUGCAUGCUGCUACAACAACACCUGUGGCACUUGUAAACCCACCUAGCCCUGCCCCCUCCACCCCCAACCCCAACCCCCUCCCCAAGCUAAGUUCAAGUCAACAAUCAAAACAUGACGACGCCGGCUCUCCUGCCGCUGUCGGGCCGCAGGAUACCCACUCUGUCGCCGGGCGCCUCCUCCUUCCCGCACCACAGGGCUACGUUGAGGCUCUCCGAGAAGUUCAUCCUCCUCCUCAUCCUCAGUGCCUUCAUCACCUUAUGCUUCGGGGCCUUCUUCUUCCUCCCGGACAAUUCCAAGCACAAGCGCUUUGACCUGGGCUUGGAGGAUGUGCUCAUCCCUCAUAUUGACUCGCCCAAGGAGGGGAAACACGCUUCUGGACAGGUGGUCAUACAUGGACAGGGAGGACAUGACGAGCACAGACACAGGGAGGAGGAGGAGAGCCUGCGGGACAAGAUUCGGGCAGACCACGAGCGAGCACUGCAGGAGGCGAAGGAGAAGCUGAGAAAGUCCCGUGAGGAGCUGCAGGCUGAGAUUCAGACGGAGAAGAAUAAAGUGGUGGAGGACCUGAAAAAGAAGGAUGCGGGGCCUAAACCUCUGCCACCCGUCCCAAUGCCCAAAGUGGUCGGCGUCAGUGAUGGUGAGCCACCAGAGCCCGACGCCAAAGAGAAACGAGACAAGAUCAGAGAGAUGAUGAAGCAUGCGUGGGACAGCUACAGACAGUACGGCUGGGGCCACAACGAGCUCAAACCCCUCGCCAAGAAAGGACAUUCCACAAAUAUCUUUGGAAAUUCCCAACUCGGGGCGACCAUCGUGGACGCCUUAGACACCCUCUACAUCAUGGGUCUGCACGACGAGUUCAAGGACGGCCAGGAGUGGAUCGAGCAGAAUCUGGACUUCGGAGUGAAUGCCGAGGUGUCUGUGUUUGAGGUCAACAUUCGCUUCAUAGGAGGACUGCUGGCCGCCUACUACCUCUCUGGACAGGAAGUGUUCAAGCUGAAGGCGGUCCAGCUAGCCGAGAAGCUGCUUCCUGCCUUUAACACCCCGACAGGAAUCCCAUGGGCCAUGGUCAACCUCAAGAGUGGCGUUGGUCGUAACUGGGGUUGGGCAUCGGCAGGCAGCAGCAUCCUGGCCGAGUUCGGGACUCUCCACAUGGAGUUUGUUCACCUCACCUACCUGACAGGGAACCCUGCUUACUACCAGAAGGUGAUGCACAUCCGGAAGCUGCUAGCCAAAAUGGACCGACCCAACGGGCUCUACCCAAACUACCUGAACCCUCGCACGGGUCGCUGGGGACAACACCACACCUCAGUUGGAGGACUUGGGGACAGCUUUUACGAGUACCUGCUGAAGGCGUGGCUCAUGUCCGACAAGACGGACACAGAAGCCCGCAAGACCUACGAUGACGCCAUCGAGGCCAUCGAGCGCCACCUGAUACGCAAAUCCAACGGCGGCCUGACGUUCAUUGGUGAGUGGAAGAACGGCCACCUGGAGAGGAAGAUGGGCCACCUGGCCUGCUUCGCCGGCGGCAUGUUUGCGUUGGGCGCCGACGGCUCGCCCGACGACAAGGCCGGACACUACCUGCAGCUGGGAGCCGAGAUCGCACACACCUGCCACGAGUCCUACGACAGGACGGUGUUGAAGCUCGGCCCGGAGGCCUUCAAGUUCGACAGCGGCCUGGAGGCGGUGGCCGUGCGGCAGAACGAGAAGUACUACAUCCUGCGGCCGGAGGUCAUCGAGACCUACUGGUACAUGUGGAGGUUCACCCACGAUCCCAAAUACCGGCAGUGGGGCUGGGAGGCAGCGCAGGCCAUCGAUAAGUACUGCAGGGUGAGCGGAGGUUUCUCCGGGGUGAAGGACGUCUACUCCUCCAACCCGACCUACGACGACGUGCAGCAGAGCUUCUUCCUCGCCGAGACGCUCAAGUAUCUGUACCUGUUGUUCUCCAGCGACGACCUGAUGCCGUUUGAGAGUUGGGUCUUCAACACGGAGGCUCACCCACUUCCUGUCCUCCACCUGGGCAACAUCACGCUGCCCGGCAGCGAGCCGGCUCAGCGGUAGACGGACAACGCCAUCUUCCUCCGCCGCGGCAACCAGGGGGGGGCGCCACCUAUAUGCCUGCCCGCCUGAUAAAAAAACACCACCCGCCAACCAACACUGGACAAACUUACAUUCAGCUCUACAAACUGCUUUUGGACUGCGGACAUCAACCUGAGGAGACGGAGGGAGGCCGCCGCCGCCGCCGCCGCCGCCGCCGCCGCAGCGUGGAGAGUCUCCCUCUCUUCUUCUAUGUUUUACUCUUUGACUCUCUCUCUGUCGAUCUCUCUGUCUUCUAAAUCAGAAAGACGGUGGGUGUGCUGCUGCUCAGCCUCACGACUGAACCGACUCUGAAGGACCGAGCUCCAAAAAACCCGGAGGCUCGAUUUAGUUUUUUUGUUAUUAUUAUUAUUUUUAGUGUUGAUUUGAGAUUUGACCAAACUGUCCUCCCGUACAGACUGAGGCACUCAGAGUGCAUUAUGGGGAUUCUGUGAAGGAUUACGCAGUCAGUUUGACACUGAUGGAUUUUGUUUCCCAGGCAGACAGACUUUGAGGACUUUACAGGGUCUGUUGAUUUGGUUUUUGUUUGGACGAAUCGUUACUGGGGACACAGGGUUGAAUCAAAGCCCUUCGCUUCCUUCUCCCCCGUUCCACUUCCUGUUUAAUCAUCAGAUGAACUUUGAACCGUUAGCAGCUCCUCUUCCUCCCUCUAAUCCUCCUUCUUUCAGAAAAGUGGACCAUUGUAAGUGGAUCAGUAAACUAUACGGGGACAGCAGCAGGCCUCCCCAUCUUCACCAUCUUUCCAGUUUCUCUCCGCCGCCGAGACGCAACCCCGAAACAUUCUGCUGCUACUCGUUAGGAUGCUGCUUUCUCUUUUCAACCACCACCUUUUUCUGAUCACACAUCUCGUCCGUUCUCUCAUUUCAUAAAUCAUUUUCAGCUCAUACAUCGUGAGGCUUCUGUAUGAGUGCGUGUUUGGCUGAAAUAACCUGCUGUAAAUCGUUUUAUUUGUGCACUUUGUUUGGGACGACUACGAAGAAGAAGAAGAAGAGGAAGAGUAGCACUGAAACGAGCCGGAUAAAUGAAAAGUCUCCCUGCUGAGCUCCAACGCCACAUCUGCUAACCUAUCCUGACUUAAAGUUGCAUGAACUCAUCAUCAUCUUUACCACUUUUCAACAAUCCUGCUCUUAUUUUCUGCUUAACGCCUUCUCCUCUCUCCUCCAUUUAACCUCUCCCUGUCCACAAUGACAAAACAAACUCGGUAACACUUCAUUUUACAGGUCUGUAAAUUUCAUGGUAAUUAGUUGAUAAUUAACAGGUAAACUAUUUGAAAUUUCUUUAAAAUUAAUGCCAAAUUUCCCCAAAAUAUACCUCAAAAUGUAUCGAAAAUUACUUUAUCAUAAACAUUAUUUCAUAAUGAUAUGCUAAAAUAGCAUCUAAUGGUUAAAAUAGGGCCCUAAAACUAAUAGAAGACACUUCUGAUCAGACACAAACCUCACCAUUGUGACUUAUUAUCUUCACAAAUGUAACCUGGUAGCUAAUGUCAUGAUUCAGGGAGUUUUAAAAAUAAAUUUCUAAUAAGUUAUUUGCUAAU